CCGGCCUUGGGAACGCCGGCGCACGACGCAGUUGCGGAGUCCGUGCUCACACGCCCCGACGCCAACGCGGCACGUCAGCUCUCCAUUAUGGGGUUCCGGUCAACCCGCUCUGUGGCGGCAAUGCACGCGGCGGCGGCGGCCGGCCGAGUGGCCCUGCUUCGCGAGCUCCUGUACAGUUCGUACCAGGAACAGCUGUCGGCUCAGCAGCUGCGGGGGCAGGUGCUCGCGGCGGGCCCGACAGUGCCGCCGCCGGCAGCUGCCUUGGGCGGCGGCCACGGCUUUGCAGGCCCGUCGGAGGAUCACUACGAGGCGCUGUCGGAAGCUGCCGCCAUGGCGGCGGCAGAGGCGGGGCAGCUGGAGUGCUUGCGCGCGGCGGUGCACCGCGCGUCACAGGGUGUUCAUAGAGCCGUGCUGCUGGCGGCGGCCCGGGCCGGGCAUGCGUCGGUGGUGCGGUGGCUGGUGGUGCACUACCCGCCGCCACUGCUGCCGCGGGGCGGCCCCACCCCGUUGGCGCAGCGGCGCGCCGCCACCGCGCUGCUGGUGGCGGCGGUGGAGUCAGGGAGUCUGGAGCUGGUAGUGCAGUGGCUGGCGGAGGAGAAGGGCGCGCGGCGCGGCCUGGGCCCGGACGUGAUGGCGGCGGGCCGGCGGCGGUGCGCGGCUGCUGCUGCGAGCUGGUGGCUUGGCUGGCCGCACAGCAGCCUGGCUGCGAUGAGGGGUUGAGCGUGGGUGCUCGCCUGGGCACUUUUGGAGCCCGGCCUGGCCUGGGUGAUGACGUGUUGAUGGCCGCGCAAGAUGGCUGUGUGUUCCCGCGCACACGCGGCUGCCGAACCGCUGUCCUGCUGCUCUGCCGGACGCACAGGCCUGCACUGCCAGCCUGCACGCCAUCGCCGGCCGCGCUGGUGACUGGCGAUGCGACAUGAGCUGCGGCACCUGCUGUCGCUGCAGGGGUAGCCCGCACGGCGUGGACCUGUGGGGAGCAUGGUGGGAGCGCGGCGCCGAUGAGGGCGGUCGCGGCUGGUGUGGCUCUGACGCUCCGUUUGGCUCUGUUCGCGCCUUUGUUUAAAGGUCAGGGGCCAUUGGGAUUUUGGAAGCGCCCCGCCGGCCGCUGCUGAGGGCCGGGGGACAGUGGGGCAGGCAGUGGUUGCUGUCAUGCCCUGCAGAAUUUGCACGAGCGAUGAAAGAGUGUGUUGCAUUGUUCUUGUAACUGGCAGGACAA